UUUAUUAUCAGUGUUGGUUUCAUUUCUUCAUCCAAGUUAUUCACUCCAUCUACCUCUGCCUAUUAAUUGUUUGAAAUCAAUUAUUUUGAUAGUUGAAUUUGUAUAUGAUCCUUUUCUUUAUUGUAAAUCAGUGUCUUUUUGAGUGUUGCUGUGUAUUCCUUAUGUUUUGUUUCUACUGAAUAUAACUCCAUAAGUUCUCUUUUUGUCCUAAAUGUAUUAUUGUGUUAUCCAGUGUUUUCAUCAUAUUGCUGUGUAUUAGUGUUUACCAUCCCAUUUCCCCUUGUAUUUUGGUGUUUUAAGGUGUGUUAAAGUGGAUUAUUUUGAAAUUACCCCUUUCUGAUUUGUUUUAAAUCCUGUUGACCAAUGUUCUAUAACAGCCUCAGCUUGUUUGUUUCAGAUGGACAGAAGCAAUGAGUUUAAGAACAGUAACAAACCACAGGAUAUGCUUUCUCAGUCACCAUCGAGACAUCCAAGAACAUCAGGGCAUCCUGAACCAUUGGCACGGCCUGUUAAAGGGAUCUAUGAACAUCUGAUAAGGAAACCGGUCCACCCUGUAUCAAGUACUAAUUCAUUACUUUCUCAAAUAGUUGUAGAAGAACUCAAUGACUCAGACAAUUUAGAAGAGUUUUCGGGAAGUGAGUUGGAAGAACCUGAGUCAGAGAGUGAAUCAUCAGGUGAUGAAGUUAAUGCCACAUUACAAAUAAACGCACAUGCAAGUCCUGAUAAAUCAGUUACACUUUCUCUGAAUAUUUUAGAUGGUGCAAAAGCUAUUGUUCAGCAAAUUAUACCAAAUGCACACACUAAUGAACAAUCUUUAGAUAACUGUAAUAGAAGUGAAAAUCCCACAUACCACUUGUGUUCUUGUUUUAAUGACUACGUGGGUGAAUCAAAGUUUAAUUUUAAUUUGAAAAAUCCAAAACCAAUAGAUACCUUUUCCCAUUUUAUUACGGAUGAAAUGUGGAAGAGUAUGGUUGACGAAACAAAUCUUUAUGCUCAACAAUAUAAAGAUAGCACUGAAAAAUGGGCAAAUGCAAGGCCGUUGGACUGGACAGAUACAACUGUCGAUGAGAUGAAAAAGUUUGUGGGAAUCAUGAUUGUCAUGGGGCUAGUACCUCUGCCGGCAGUAGACAAGUACUGGGCUAAAGGUAAUAUCUACGGAGUUCGAAUUGUAAAAGACACAAUGACCAGAGACCGUUUCUUAUCACUAAAGAAAUUCUGGCAUUUUUCGGACAAUAAAUCGAAUCCUGACACAACCGAUCGCCUGUCAAAAAUUAGAAACCUAGUAGAUGACUUGAAUAAAAAGUUUGCUAGUAGUCUUACACCUGGACUAGACUUAAUAAUAGAUGAGACUAUAAUUCCAUGUUGUAACAGGCUCUUCUUCCAUCAGAAUAUUCCAAACAAAAGUAAUAAAUAUGGAAUCAAACUUUACAAAAUGUGUACUACAGAGGGCUACACAAGUAAAGUGCUAGUGUAUGCAGGGAAGCCUGAUGUAAAUACUGCUGCUGGACGUACAUAUGAUGUUGUUAUGCAAUUGACGAGUGGGAUUAUUGAGGGAGACGUACAAGUUGUACCCAGUUUCUUAGACGAAGGUCGGCAUGUGUAUGCCAUUGCCGACAACUUUCACACCAGUAUUCCUCUAGCCGAAACUCUAUUAUAUCGUAGCACACGGUUAUGUGGUACAAUUAAAAGCGACAGAAAAAGUAUUUUCCCAGAAAUAAAGAAAGAUGUAAAUGAAGGAGAAUGCAAAGGAGUUGAAUGCCACUACGGAACGAAGGUGGUCUACUGGAGGGAUAGACGGGUGAUGAUUUCCACAAUACCUGGACACGAUACAUCACUCGUGGAUACUGGGAAGAAAAAUAAAAAGAAUCUUCCUAUAAUGAAACCAAGAUGUGUCUUGAAUUACAACUCUGCUAAGAGAGCAUUUUAUGUUAGUAACCAGCUGGCAUCAAACAAUUGCUGCCUUCAUAAAACACUGAAAUGGUACAGGAAAAUAGCUCUAGACUUAAUAACAGGAACAGCACUUGUAAAUUCCUGGUUCGCAUACCAAACUAUGGCUAAAACCAGGAUUCCGCUGAUAAAGUAUCGGGAAUCAGUGGCCCGGAGUUUAAUGAAGACAGUAAGUACGAAUCGAAUGACAACUCCAAGCAGAAAAAGAGUCCACUCGCUGAGGAAGAGGGAAGGCCCAGCGCGAAAGUCGCGACGUCGUUGUAGUCUCUGUUACAAAACCAACAGAGCGUCACAGACCGUUCAGGAAGCUGCUAAAUCAACAAAACAGGUGACCACUUACUGUGAGGACUGCCCCGAUGAACCUUUCAUGUGCUUGGAGUGUUUUAACAGUUUCCACAAGCAGGGAGUAUUUUAAGUUUUUUAAAUGAAGUACUGUACAAGUCGUUUUCAGUACUACCAUACCCAUUAGAUCCAAACGAGUGGUUUACAUCUAAUUCUCUAGUUAUAAAGAAAAACAGGACACGAAUUUUUCUGUUUGGAUAUUAAUAUUUAUGAUAAUUUAAAUUUAACCCUGUAAAACUUGUUAAUAUACACUUAAAUAAUAAGCUAAGAUAAGUUGUAGAUGUUAGGGUAGUUUGUAAAAAGUUGGCAAGAGGUAUAUAUAAAUAUAUAUAUAUAUGGAAUUUUUUGUGGAGAAAUAGUAAUGUAAAAAAACAUUUGUAUGGUAAAAAAGCAUUAAGAGUCAUGAUGCUCAGUAUCUUGCUAUGCUCGAUUCAAAGAACUGCAAAUUAUGACAAUGCCAAGUAUCUACUGUAUAUAUAUUCAUGUCUUAUAAAAUGUAAUGACUAUUUAGAAAAAUAAUUUUCAGCAUGAUAUGUAUAACUAUGAUACCAGAAACAAAGGUAAAUUGGAUGUGGAAAAUAGACUAAAACCUAGGCAAGUCAUGUAUAUAUCGAAAUUAAAUUGUUUAAUAAAUUACUAGAUAUAGCGUGGUCAGUUAGUCUUGUUGAAUUAAAAAAUACCAUUCUGUUAAAAUACAAAGCAUUCUUUUCAAUUGAUGAUUACUUGUCUUGCAACACUACUGAUUUACGAUUUUAGGCUACUGUUACUUGUUUACAUCAUAUAUAUUAUUUGUUUAUAUUAUUGUUUGAUAUUAUUAAAUUUAUCCACUGUUUAUAUAUAUAGCUUUAAAUUAUUAUUACCAGGUGUAGUAUAUUGUGCAUUGAGCAUUGUUGUUUCAUUAUUGUGUGUGUUUUUAUCAGCAAUAAUAGGCUAUUGACAGAGUAAUUUAAGAUAUGACAUCAUGCAAACUGAAUUUAUAAAUAUGUCUACAAACUAAAGCAUCUUGAAUCAUUAUGUCCAAACUAUAAUAAAUAUAUAUAUAUAUUUUCUCA